AUGUCGACACCUGAGGUAGAUGGGGGCGAUAGGGGACAAUUAUUGCAAAAUGAACAAUUGCGAAGUGAUCAAUUAAAAAAUGAUCAAUUGCGAAAUGAAUUAAAUAGGUUACAGAAAAAAAGGGCUACGGUCAAAGGACAAUUAUCUAGGUUUGAAACAUUUACAAAUAAGUACACUAAAGAACAGGGUGCUCAAUUAACGGACAGAAUGGACAAGUGUCGGGAAUUGUGGAGGGAAUUCAAUGAUAUUCAAACAGAAAUAGAAAUAAUUUCAGAUGACUCCCAGAACGCUGAAAGUGAACGUUCAGAUUUUGAGGAAAAAUAUUUCAGGUUAAUAGCAUGGGCGGAGGUCAAAUUACAAGAAUUAAAUAUUAAUGAAAAUGUCUCAGCCGGUGAGACGUCGCAAAAUAUAUAUUUUCAUCAAUCUCCGCACAUAGAUAGAAACGUCAAAUUACCUACACUGAAUAUUCCGAGUUAUGAAGGGUCCUAUACAGGGUGGCUCGAAUUUUAUAAUACGUUCAAUGUUUUAAUACAUAGUAACGAAACUUUAACAAAUGUUCAGCGUUUCCAUUAUUUAAAAAAUUCAUUAAAAGGCGAAGCCGCAGGCGUUAUACGUUCACUGGAAGUUUCAGAUAGAAACUACGAGGAAGCAUGGGGUCUACUAAAAUCUAGGUACGAAAACAAAAAGUUAAUUGCAAUGAGUCAUAUCGAUUCGCUGUACAAUUUUCCAAAUUUAGGCAAAGAAGGUGGGGGUCAAUUAAGGAACUUUUUGGAUACAAUAAGGAAGGAUCUUCGGGCAUUGCAAUCAUUGGAGGAAGAUGUUGAAAAAUGGGAUAUUCUGCUGAUAUAUAUCUUAGAACAGAAGCUGGAUCCAAUCACAAGAAAAGAAUGGCACAAGGAAGGAAUGCACGACAAAUUCUCCACGAUGGUGGAUUUUCAAGGGUUUUUGGAAAGAAAAUGUCAAAUGCUCGAGGUGUUGGAGGCAAACAAGCAAGGUUCUAAGGGUACAUCCACGGAUCACAAGGCAAAGGCAGGUAAUAGUAGGUCAUUUGUAGCAGUGGAGGGAAAAUGUCAAUUUUGCGAAGGAAAACAUAGGGCAUAUACUUGCAAAAAAUUUAUUAAUCUGGAAUUAGGUGCAAAACGGGAAGAAGUAAAACGAACAAGGUCAUGUUGGAAUUGUCUACAGCUGGGACACGGGGUUCCAGACUGUAAAUUAGGGGGUUGCAAAUCAUGUGGGAGGAAGCAUCAUUCUCUUCUCCAUGAUUCAACAUUUCGCGCAAAUUCAAGGGCACAAGGUACAGGAAACUAUACAAGGGCACAAGCUCCACCGCCAGGAGUUGAAAAUCAUGCAGAAUCAAGGGCAAAUAACGGGAACUAUUCUCAUCAAAUACAAGAUGGUUCAAGGGCACACUUAGGAAAUCAAUCAACUCACACUAAUGGUUCAAAUCAUUCGCGAUACCAAGGAUAUUCAAUGCAUUCAUCAAAUGAUAAUUUUAGGACGGAAACCAAUCAAGUUAAUACAAAUCAAGAAAGGCAAGGAAAUACUGGGGCAUUUACCUCCAUCAGUCUAGGGGCAAAUGCAAAUCAAGGGCAUUUUGGUAAUGAUGAUAACAAUCAUUCUUUUAUGGGCAAUAAUUUAAGACAAAGUUCGGAAACGGUGGUUUUGCUGUCCACAGCAACCGUUUAUAUCACGGGUAAAAAUGGGAUUAUACAUGAAGGAAGAGUACUUUUAGAUUCAGGAUCACAAUCCAAUUUUAUGUCACGGGAGUUCUUGGGAAAACUAGGGUUAACACCAAAACAUAUUGAUAUUUCAGUUAAGGGUAUAGGUCAGAGUUCUACCAAAAUUACACAUGCAGUAGAUGCUAUGGUUAAUUCAAGAGUUAAUAAAUAUUCAUUCAAGGCUUCAUUUUUGGUAAUAAAUGAUAUUGUUAGCAAUCUUCCAUCAAUUGAUAUCAAUUUAAAAUUAAUUCAAAUUCCAGAAAGGUUAACUCUCGCAGACGAACAUUUUGGUAUAUCUACCAGGGUAGACAUGAUCUUAGGUUCAUCAGUUUUUUGGCAACUUUUAUGCGUGGGGCAAGUGCGUAUAGAAAACACUAACUUGACGGUUCAAAAAACAAAAUUAGGAUGGGUUGUGGCAGGAGCGAUAUCUUCACAACAAAAUAUGUCAUAUUUUUCAAAAAUCGAAGAACAUACUUGCAACUUUUCUGUCAAUAGUUCUAUACACAAACAAAUAGAAAAAUUCUGGUUAUUGGAGGAAGUCGGUGAGGAACACAAAUCAACCAAAGAGGAACAGGAAUGCGAAAGGGUUUUCAAGGAAACAACCGUAAAGAAUGAAGAAGGACGAUUUAGGGUAAAUUUGUUGCUACGUAACAACAUAAAGCAUUUAGGAAACUCAUCAUUGAUGGCAGAAAAACGAUUCAAACAGCUCGAAAGAAGGUUUUGGUGGAUAUGGAUAACACUUAGUGUGGCUUCAGUGUAUUCGAUAGACAAUCUUUCGCAGUGCCAAUCACGUUCGCGGAUUCCUUUAGAAACAUACUGCGCUUGCAAUACAGUACCUAUAGCUCAAUGUCGAUGUACGGGCCCACAGUUGAUUGACGUCCCAACCAACCUCACAAAAGAAUUGGAUGGUUUAGUCAUAGAGAAUGCGGAUUGUAUGGAAGUAUUAAAGAGCGAUUCACUGCUCCCUUAUAGUAGGACACUACGAGAAUUAACUCUGGUGAACUUGGAAAAGUUUUAUUACUUCGAGACUGGCGUUUUUCACUCGCUUCUCCAACUCCAAACUCUAUAUAUUUUAAGAGCUCCAAAGCUGCUUAAAAUCCAGCCAGAUGUCUUUGAUGUUUAUUUGCCGAAACUUAAAAUUUUGCGAAUAGUUGACACUGGUCUUGAAGAAAUGCCCGAUUUAAAUAGUCUGAACCCAACUUCAAUUCUGCAUAUGAUAGAUCUCGAACGUAAUCAGAUCCAGAAGAUACAAACAAGGCAAGUGAACAACGUAAGGGCAGCACACUUCCUGCUGAAUUUUAAUCAACUUGAAGUUGUGGAGGAAGCUGCUUUUGCUGGUUCGGAAAUUGCCAAUUUGAGCUUCAAAGGAAAUUUCCGUUUAACUCAACUACACAAGAAAGCUUUCUCCGGUCUACAAAGUCUCCGUUAUAUAGAUUUAUCGGGAACUGCAAUUACGUUUCUUCCAACUGAAGGUUUACGGGAAAUAGAUACUUUAAAAGUUCAGAAUACAAAGUCAUUAAAAGUAUUUCCAUCUGUUUUUAACUUUCAGUAUUUGAAAGAAGCAUGGCUUACCUAUCCGUAUCAUUGCUGUGCUUUCAAGUUUCCUCGAACCCAUGACCCAUGGGAAUAUGCCAAACAUGCACGAUUCGUGGAAGAACUGCAAGCGGCAUGUAAAUCAAAGAAUAGUACUGAGUCCAGUGGAGUACUACCCACCGAAUUAUAUAAAUGGUUGCCAGCUAAUUUAACCAUUAACACAGAAAUUCAAAGUGAUGAGUUAUGGGGAUCGGAGCAUGAAGUUUUUCACAACGACACCAAUAUCAAAUUAGUCACAACUACGGUUUGUGGAGAAAUUUAUAGAAAUUAUAUGGAGAUAAAAUGUGAACCCGAGCCAGAUGCCUUUAAUCCAUGUGAAGAUCUGAUGGGCAAUUGGGGUUUACGAGUUCCAGUAUGGUUUAUUUCAUUCUCAGCUCUAAUUGGUAAUUUGUUCGUCAUUGUUGUUAUAUCCACCUCACACUUUAGACUAACGGUCUCGAAAUUCCUAAUGUGUAACUUAGCGUUUGCGGAUCUGUGCAUUGGCGUUCAUCUGUUACUAAUUGCAGCUGUUGACGCUUGUUCUAUAGGCAGCUACUUUAAUUCUGCAAUCGAUUGGCAAGAAGGUAAUGGCUGUGAUGUUGCUGGGUUUCUAACUGUUUUUGGAAAUAUUCUUUCGGUAUACACCCUUACAGUUAUAACCACUGAACGAUGGUAUACCAUAACUUGGGCUAUUCACUUAAACAAACGGCUUAAACUCAGAAAUGCGGUCAAAGUUAUGUUUGCCGGUUGGGUCUGUGCCAUAUUUAUGGCAAGCUUGCCACUACUUGGAAUUAGCAGUUACUCCAAGACAAGUAUAUGUUUACCAUUAGAGUGCAAGGGAAAAGCUGAUACUAUUUACUUGUCGACUUUGUUAGCCUUUAAUGCGUUAGCAUUUGGACUCAUUUGCGUCUGCUACGGAAGCAUGUAUAAAUCUAUAAGAGAAGGUGGACGCACUGGAUCGACAACAUCAGUUAGAAGUGAUCUCACAGUAGCUAAACGUAUGGCACUUCUCGUUUUUACAGAUUUUGCUUGCUGGGCUCCGAUAGCAUUUUUUGGAAUUACUGCUCUCUUGGGAUAUCCUUUAAUCACCGUCACUCAUACAAAAAUAUUACUGGUAUUCUUCUACCCCCUCAAUUCCUGUGCCAAUCCAUGUCUCUAUGCGUUGUUAACACAGCAAUAUCGUAGAGACUUUUUCAUCCUUAUGGGUCGGUAUGGUAUUUGCAAAGACAGAGCAGAACGACAUAAAGGGGCCAUCGGUGGAAAGCCCCUUCCGUAUGGAUCAGGACUGCAGUACAAAAAGACUUGCGUGGACAGCAGCAUGAAAGCUGGUGGAGCAAGUCAGAGAGGUUCUGCAAUGACAAGUAUGACAACAGUUGUGUCAGUGGAGUGCCCCAUGUUAAGGACUUGUUCGAGAAAUAGUUCGUCAAAUUAUAGACCUGAGUCUGUAAUGGCGUUAUCAGAUUUUAAUGUUAGAAAUACGAACAAUUUUCAUGAUUGCAAUAAAUAUAUCGCCAGUGAAAAUCUGUAAAAUAUUUAUCAGUUUCGUUUUGUAUUCAAUGACAUAUAAUUGGCUGAAAUAAACAAUUUUCUAAAAAAUGAUCAUCCAAAAUUUAUUAAAUGUGGAAUUAUUUUUAAACAUAUUAGUCCACUCGUUCACGGUAAAAAAUUGCAAAACCUCUAAAUUUUAGACAAGUGCUUGGAUUGACAUGAAAUUUGGCAUAGGUAACAUUGCUAACAUGUCAAAGCAAAAAAUGAUAUUGUGCCGAUGUAUGCUUUUGUCCUGGGGUGACUUUCACCCCAUCUCGGGGGUGAAAAAAUAUAGAAUCAACAUAAGUCCGAAAGUAGAUAAACUGGCUAAUCUUAUAACUUUUGUUCUAUGGCGUUUUUUCACUAAGUUAAUACUUUUCAAGUUAUUUGUGAGUAAAUAUGUUAAUUUUUUGGGCGGUUUUUAGCAAAUAACUCAAAAAGUAAUUAUUAUUUUAUCGAAAAAGACAUUCUCAGCAAAAAUAUAGUUCAUAAAAAAGGGAAAAAGGGUGUAUUUAUGAGGUCUCUAGAUCUAGAAGAAGCAGAGUUGUAACUAAUGAAAAAUACAUUGGUUCAUACUCGUCCAAUGCCAAAGCUAAUAUUUCAACGUGAAAUAACCAAAACCUGAUGCACUUUUUGGGGAAAACUGGUUAAAACUUUUUAAUGUGCUUAAAAAAUAUUUAUUUUUGUUUUUUAAAAAAUUUUAGCAUCAAAAGUAAGCAAGUUACGCACAAAAUAAAGUUGGUCUCUUUUUUUUGGUAAAAAAAAAUCGGGAAAGUUACCUUCUAUCUAGCAUCUCAAAUGAAAUUAAUCAUUACCGCUUCACAAGUUACCUACUUUACUUAUGUAUUAUUUAUAUGAUUCUCUA